AAACUUAAUGCAGAAGCAUUCAGAAGCAUUCAUUUCUAUCGCAAGAUUGUUUUCCAUCGCUCAGAAGACAUGUGCAUUAGCUAUAUCUAGUUUGUACGUCCACAAAAAGUGUUGUGUUGUUGAAUUCGAUUUGUAUUCUCCGCUCCAGUCCUGUCAUAGCGAUAAAAAUGUACUUCAAAUAUAGCGAAAUGGAUGAAUCGUUCGAUCGGUUUUUACUGUUGCUGGCCAAAAGAUUGGCCAAUCACUCCAAUUAUUUCCACAUCCAGUCUGGUGAUGCAACAAACAAAGAUACGCGCAACUUCGUUCUGGUACUUUACCAAAAUGAAGCACAAGUUGCCGAGCUAGCAUUAGUUGAAUACCGAAUCAGUGUUGAGGACUAUCGGCAUUGUUCAUCAAGGGAAGGCAACAUAGAAAUGUUGAAACAAUGCUUACCCGUUGGCAAUGAACAGCCACUGAAUACCAAACACUACCUAAUCCUGGCAAAUGACCGGGAAAAAAUCAGCGAAACCGACGUUGAAGUGGUAGAUCAGAAAACACUACACGUAGAAGAUCUCUCGAUCUACUCUCGAAAGCUAUUUAGCGUUCUACAUGCAGCUCGAGUUGAUCGCAAAUUCGGUUCCCAAAAUAUCUACGAGUUCCUAAUCACACAGGAAAACUCCGAAACAACUUUGAAGCAACUAUUACUGAAUCCGAGUCCGGAACAAUCCAUCCCUCAAGAGCCAUAUUAUCCAUUAACCCCCAUCGUCAAAAACGCCAUGUCUCUCAUGGAGCUAUACGAAGAUUCCCGAGGGUCCCAACUGGGAGUAUUCCUCAUCCGGGAAGCGCACAACUGUGCUCUGAUAACUCAUGUCCAGCCCGUUCGACAACUGGACGAUGUAAUCGCCUCUACCCGUUUCAUCGCCAGCGACACCAUAGCGUUCGGUGAUCUUUGCCGACGUCUUCCGACCGCCGGCUGCCACGAGGUGAUCUUUCGCGAAGACUACGGAAUGGUGUACUGGCAGCGCAGUUCGGGUCCCACCGACGCGUUACGUCCGUUUUUGAGCUGGGAGGGCCCGGACGAUUUCGAGCGGUGCGUAGCCCCUGCGAGUUGGUUGAAUGUGAUCUAUGCCGAGCGAACUUCCGGGAAGAGCGAGUUUUUGCGUUUUCUUGAAAGAGAGUUUAGAAAGGUUAAGCCGUCCGGAUGGGUGCGAUUGGUUGACGGGGCGGAUAUAAGUGAAAUAAGUGGCCUAUCAGUAAUGCAGGGAUUGAGGAAGAUUUAUGGAGCGACCACGAGUCAUGAGUUUGAAGCUUUGGAAAUCUCGUUAAGAGGCAAAGAGGAGGUCUUGUUGUUGAUCGAUGACGUGGACCAUACAGGCGAUUUGAUAGUGAAGUUUUUGAAGGAGGUUGAAAACUUCGAAGGGGCUGUGAAGGUGUGGGUUGCAGCAGGACCCGCAACACGAGUAGCCAUCGAGUCCAGUUUCCCGAUUGUAAGCCACGAACUACCAGUAAUGGACGAAUCAAAUCAAGCGGCAUUUUUAAGAAAGAAGCUACCGAAUACAAACAGUAACCAAGUAGAACAGUUGUUGGAUUCGGCAAGAAAGGAAAAUAUUUGGGAUCCUGAAGAGCGUUCCAUUAAGCAUCCCUUCACAGGGAAUGCAUUUAGUUUACAGUUGUUAGUCGAAGUAGGUUUAGCAGCAGAUCAAUCAAAAUACGAGCCAGAUCUUCUCGAAGAAUUUGUGAAAAAAUAUUGCCCAGUAGAUCGAUUGGAAGAGUUGGAAAGUAGAUGUUACGAAACGAUAGUGAAUGGUCAUUUUGACCCCGAAGUUAAACAACUGUGUCGGCAUUCAGCAAUAGUGGAAUAUCAGGCAGCAAAAUAUUUAGUCAAUCAUUUGCAAUUUGUGUCCUUAGGACUAUUCCGUAAUCAUAAACUGUUGGGUAACAUCUUCGAUCGCAUUUUGACCAGAAACUGUAAACUUGCCAGAUUUGUUCUGAACAAGGAUAUUGAUAAAGUGCGAGUAAGCCUUGAUCAAUACAAAGAAUCAAAAGAUGCGCUCCAAAGAACACCCCUCCAUCUAUGUCACGAAGCCCUGUCUGUGGCAGAAGCUCUUGUAACAUCGACUGAUAUCGACCUUGAAAGUAAAUGUCUUCUCUCCGAUUAUACACCGCUUCAGAUGGCAGACGAGCGAAUGGAUUGGAAGCUAGUUAACCUGUUGAUGGAGCGCGGAGCAUCUUCUAAUUUCACAAACCUGCGUCUGCGAACAAUGUCGCCUCCCGAAUUGGUGAAAAUAAUCGAUGACUGUAUCUCCUACAACCUGUUGGAUCUAACCAGAUGGAUCCUCACUAAUCGCCCUGAUCUCCAGAUAAAACAAUCCACCAUCUACGCCAUCAGUGUUUGCGAGGAAUUUGAUCAACAUCUAGCCUUUCGAAUUCUAGAAUUGGCGUACGAUCAAGACCUCCCUUCCCGAGAAGCACCCUAUCGGUACAUGUGGGGCUGCACAGCACUGCAUCAGGCAGCCUACAACAAUAAUUUAGAAAUGUGUCGCUUUUUGGUCGAGAAACUUAGAUUCAACGUCGACGCAGAAGAUUACAGCGGUCAGACAGCUUUGGAGGAGGCAAGUGACGUUUCCGUGGUGGAGUAUCUGAGAAGCAAGAGUUCCAAGAAAGUUUGCAAGGAGAUAGAAGAGAUGAAAACCAACGAAUCGGAAGACGAACUGCCAGAAACACAGGAGACGGUAUUUUUCAAAGCGUGCUAUUCGGACAAUUUGGAUUUGGUUCGCUAUGCAGUCGAAAGCGAAGGACAUGACCCAUUGAAACAGGAGCGAGGAACUUACGGCCUUAUCCGAGCAGCUGCUUGGGGGAGUCUUCCGAUUGUACAGUACCUAUACGAAGCAGGUUUUCGUGACUGUUUGGACCUGGAAGAUGAUUCAGCGUAUACGGCAUUAGCUACUGCUGUACGCUUUGAACAUUUACAAGUGGUAAAAUUCCUUGUUGAAAAAGGAGCCAAUACAGAGAUGAUUCGCGAUACACCAAUUAAUCAGGAAUUAUUAAAAUAUAUGAUGGAUAGCUUCGGUUUCAAACCGGCCGUGAACUUCGAAGCUUUAGCCCAACUUCCAUUAAACGAAUUACGUGAAGCUCAAUUCGAUCACUGUACGAAAGAUGAGUAUGGGAAAAUUUUCCUACACUACUACGUCGAGUAUCACAACGAUCCAGAAAUUCUACGAUUCCUUCUCACAAAAUUCAAUGACAUAGACAUAGAAUGCGAAGAAACUGGACGAACCGCACUACACGAAGCGUUGAUAUCACAUCAUCCGGAAUUGGUUGAUGUUUUGCUUCAAGCUGGAGCCGACUAUCGAAAGCGCUGCAGCAAAACCGGUCGGAGUGUUCUGCACUUCGCUGCAGGAGCUCACGACCGUCGACAUUUAGACAUGUUUCUUGCUAAACCGGACUUGACCAUCGAUGAUCGGAACAACGACGGGGAAACUAUUGUGUUCUAUUUGACCACUGGAAGUGCUGACCUGAUCCGAUAUCUCGUCGAACACUACAAACUAGAUGUGAAUGCUCAAAACAACCUGGGCCAUACUAAAGUUCACCGAACCGUGAUCGAACAGAACUACUUCUAUCUGCAGGACCUGGAGCAUCUGUUAAGGGUUGUUGGAGCUAAUCAGAACAUAACGGACCGAAGAGGGAGACUGGCGUUGCAUUAUGCCGUGGAGAAAAACGACAUCAACGCCGUUCGCUUACUGAAUCGUUACGGUUUUUUGGAAGUUCAUCUGAAGGACGAGGCCGGAAAAAGUUCUUGGAUGCUAGCUGAGGAACUCAAUCGCCCGGAAAUUUUGGAAUACUUUAAAAAUUUGUAGUUAAAUUGUUUAACUUAGAGUUCGAUACAAUAAGAUAAUAAAAAACAUU